CGUAGUUCACAUUACUAUAUAUUGAUAUGCCAUUGCCACCUCUCAAUUUACAAGACUAUUUAUCUCUGCAAAUCUUCCAUUCACAUCCAAACUCAAUCAACAAAUUCAGUUUUUUUGAGGUUUUUCUUGUACAUGUUUUUGGUACAUAUGGCCACCAAUUUGAAAAAUCUUUUCAUCAUCUUUGUAAUGCAUCAGAUUUUAGCCAUCCAUUACUGUCCAGGCAUCUGCUGCUCCGCACAGAACGUUUCUGCUGUUUUUAUUUUUGGAGAUUCUCUGGUUGAUGUAGGAAACAACUACUACGUUAACACACUUGCAAUGCCAACGUUCCCAAAUGGUAUUGACUUCGUCCAUGGAGCUCCAUCUGGACGAUACACCAAUGCUAGAACUGUUACCGACAUUAUAGAAGAGGAAUUGGGUUUCAAGAAUUUCACUCCUCCUUACCUGAAUCCGAACACCACAGGGGACGUGGUUUUGAAAGGUGUCAACUAUGCCUCCUCUGGAUCAGGAAUUCUUAAUUCCACCGGAGCUGUCUUUGGUGCUCCAAUUUGCAUGGACGAACAAAUCAAUAACUUCGCAAAGACUAGGCAAUACAUCAUCUCAAGAAUUGGUGACCCAGCAGCUAAAGGACUGUUUACACAGGCUUUAUACUUCGUUGCAAUCGGAGCAAAUGAUAUCUUCUCGGGGGAGGCUUUCACUUCUGCUAAUGAUAGUUAUUUGGAUCAUUUAAUGUCCAAAUUUAAAGCCCAACUCACAGGUCUUUAUGAUUUGGACGCCAGAAAGAUUAUAGUGACAAAUGCACCGAUGGUUGGCUGCACUCCAUUUGAGAGAGAUUUACAUUCAUCCGGAGAUGGUUGUGUUGAUUUCCUGAAUGAGUUAGCCAAGCUGUAUAACAUUAGGUUGAAGAGCCUGCUGCGAGAGCUCACAACAAAUCUUUCAGGAUCAACAUUUGUUUAUUUAGAUACUUAUGCCAUGUCCGAGAAUAUCUUACAAAACUAUAGAUCAUAUGGAUUUGAAAAUGCAGAAAUUGCUUGUUGUCAGGCAGUUGGACAACAUGGUGGAUUAGUCCCAUGUGGUUCCUUUUCUCGAGUAUGUCCAGACAGAACCAAGUAUGUGUUCUGGGAUCCAUUCCAUCCAACAGACUCUGUUAACUUGAUUAUGGCGAAGUUUGUACUAGAUGGUGACCUCAACUAUGUUUCACCCAUGAACAUUCGACAACUCGUGAAUUCAUGA